AUGACAGAUACCACUAAAUAUGGCAAUGCUGUCGAUUUUGAUGUCGACCUACAUUCAAUUUAUGCUGCUUAUCUAGGACUGUUCGAAUCUUCAAAUACAGAUUGGUGGGAUAAAUCCUGGGGAGGAUAUUUCACUACUUUCAAUGACUUCUUAGGAUUUGGAUGGGAAGUAAUGGUUGUGGUGGAUAGCGGUACCGGUAAACCACACAUAGCAGUCAGAAGAGAACAGAUUGCUCUUUUCGCAAAGAUGAUUAGAACUCGAUUUGGCGAAUCAUUACCAAAAGAUCCACCUACAACUCUCCCUCUCGAUCCAGUACCAACUCGAAACCUAUCCCUCCGAAAAUUAAUCACUAUUCGAGAUCUCACGUCAUAUCGUAAACUCGCACAAACUUUACCUUCAGCUGAGUUAUCAUACCUUCGAGCUCGAGUACGUAAUGGAGAAGUUGGAGUGGCAGAACAAUUAUUCUAUGCUGGAGGGAGUAGCGGAGAGAGAGAUACUGGCGGUGUUGGGGUAAGAGAUAAUGGUGUCGGAUAUACGUUCGCUUGUGUCAAAUCCACUUGGUGGGAGAAAGGAGGUUCUCCGUACGGUCUGAUACCUGGUAUAGGAAGAACUCAAGGCUCUAAGAAUAGUCAAAAUGGUAAAGGGUUAGUAUUAGAAGUCGGCGUAGCUACUUUGAGAUGUGCCAACCUUAGAGCUGUGAACGUUUGGCCACCUGUACCCGAUGAGAAUUAUAGAAAGUCUCAUUACAUAGUAGAAGAAUGGGUAGAUAAGCGAGCAAACAUAAGCCCACCGAAUCACCCUCGAGCGUACGCCUUUGGGACUAGUAGAUUUAUCGCCGAGAAGGACGUUGAAAAGAUUCUGGAUGCAAACGUGGGCGCUCUCGCAUCCCAGGAAGGCGACAGUAAUGCCAAUACGCUUGUGCUACUCACAUUGGGAGAUCCUCAGCCACUCCCCUUGCCAGCUUCCUCUACUCUACCUUCCAACAUACUUCACUUGGACGUUCUUGCUUUGGAACUAAACCUAUUGAAGCGAGCUCAGGAUCAAGAUCUACCCGGUAUCCCAGAUCGACAUCAACCGUUAAAUUCCCUGGCGGCACUACUCCAGACUCUUCAAAUACCCGUUACGCCUUUUGCACCUCUGGGAAAUGCAGGUAAUGAAGCUUACUACACGUUGUUGGCGUUCCAAAAAUUGAUGAUGGGUGAAACUCGUUUGCCCGAAAUGUUAUUCCAACAGCCUUUCAAUGGUGGAAUGAGUUAUCCUUCGUACUCACCGUUCCCAACUUCUGAAAGCAUGCAAUUCCUACCUUAUUCACCAUUACCUAUGCCACCUGUCAUGCCAGCAGCGGGAAGAAGUAGAAGAGAUUCAAGUGGCAGUGGAAGACAGCUAGAUUUCCGUCCACCUUCAUAUCCAUCGUCACCUGCCAGUUCUCAUUCUAGGAGGAUAACUGAACAAACUCGACCUAGACCUGCAUCGAUGGGCGAUCCAUUAUCAUCAUCGAGUGUCAUCAAUCGAUCUAGAACUCCUGAUAGUCAGCGUCACCGCACAGAUUAUCAGAAUGGAGAUGGAUACGGGUCUGCACCUAACACUAUCAAAGUCGAAAGAAAACCAAUCGCUAGAUCACAAACUGUUUUCUGGGAUGAAUCAAGUUAUGCUCAAUCACCGCCACCUGAUCAGCGCCGACAAGAUGUGAGAAGAAGGGAAAAUUCUUCCUCAAUAAUGAGACCUAACGUGACUGGUAAUUCGAAUUCAUCUGGAUCAGAAGGUGUCAGAACUAGAAGUACAGGUCAAUUACCUCCUUCAGCUUUGAGAAGUGGUAUCACUCCUUCGGGAAGUUCAAGAUCCAUCUCUUGGGAAGGUAACGCUAUUGACAGUUCAAAUAAGGAUGGAUCAAGAUCGUAUACUAGUCUAAAUGGUUUACAGGGUUCCACUUCUAAUUUACGUCAGAUUAGAGCUUCAGGAAGCUCGACAACGAACUUGUCAAAAUCCUUGAGCAAUAACAACUAUAAUAAUUAUAUCAAGAAUGGGAACGCUGGAUCGGAAGGUACAGACACUGGAAGCUCGACUAAAUUGAGUACGGAAUCAAGUGGUGAGAACAAACCACCAAAACAACAACACAAACAAGCACAACAAAGUAGAAAAGGAUUCAAACAGUCGAUAGAGGAAGAAGUAAAUAACAAAGAUAAGAAAGAGAAGGAGAAGAUGGGUAAGAAUAAGCUGAAAUCUGAGAAAAGCGUUAAAGAUAUCGCAGGAGCUUUGGCCAGAUUCUGGGUUGGGUAA